AAGAAAGACGGUGUCUCUUCUGCUUGAAGUUGAAAGCACUGAAAAGACAGAUGUUGUCUCAAAAGAGGAAGACGUGCAAAUGAGUGCCAACUUCCUGUUGAGUGAGCACAAGAGAUUUUUUGAGGAUCUGUUUGAAGCACCUUUCUCUGAUCUAGUCGCCAUGGUGAAAACUCUCACCAGAAAAUGCUCAAACAUGCAAUUUGUGGAAAAAAAAACGACAAGAAGCUACCUGGAUGUUCUAUCCUUCCAACGGAGAGUAAUUUAGAGGAAGAUAUCGAAACAAUGGAGCUAAUCUCCGCAGCGUGUAUUUUUAAUUCUGAUAUACGGAUCAGAAAAUACGGCAAGAGUGUCUGGAAAACAGCAGCAAAGAUGAGAGAUGUCUACGGAUUGCAGAAAUCAGUUGUUUUCCAUUCGGAUCACGAAGAAAUUUUUUUGAUUAAACAACGUGAAUUCCGAAAUGUUGAAGAUUUGGACUACAUGAUUCGGGAUAGGCAAACGUGCUGGGGCAUGCAAGGAUUUCUCGUCUGUAACCGUAUUUUGAAGAAGCGUGGAUGUUCUCUGAACACCUUCGUCGUCGAAAUUUUUUUCAAGUCUACCUUCUAUCAACCAGAAAAAAGGAUGUUACCGCCUCAACAAACAUUUGCAAUUUCUUUGUAUCAUUUUGAGAUCAUCGGAACAAAAGAUUAUUUGGAAAAACUCGUACUGAAUCCAGGAAAGCCACAUGACGUCGUUUACUCGACACUUGCUGAAUUUUUCAACACACUGAAGAGAAAGUGCUGGGAUGAUACUACUUUGAAUACCAAUCAUCAUCCUCUAGACAUUUUUAACGUUUCUAAACGAACGUUAUUAUCGUUCCACAACUUGAUGACAGCUCUGAUGUUUUCUUUCUCGUACCAAGUUAAACUCCACGACAUCACCAGUCCAAACGAGCAAAAUACCAGCAGUAAUCAACGUGUUAAUAAAUCAAAAUCCGAAAAGGUAGAAGAAGUUUCGAGCCUCAUACUACGCAUCCUUGAACUUUUAAUGUCAGUUCCUAAGUCAGAGAAUGAAAGUACGCUUUUGAAAAAUCAUCUGGCGACGUAUAUUCAUUUCUACGAACGCAAGCGACCAAGUCAAAAGCAGAACCUUCUGCUUAAGCUUUGUUCAUCUCUCAAAGGACAAACACACGAGUUCAAGUUGAUCAAGUUGAUGCUAGAUUGUGGAGCCGAUACGAACAUUGUAAAUCAACACCGGGACAGUCCACUACAUCUCCUUUUCAAGAAAGAAGUUGAUUCGACCAGUUUUUGGCACUCCGAAUCUUAUUCCACUCGCGCCGAAAAUUUCACAACUAUCGUUCAAGUUAUCCUGGAUGGAAAUUUCCACCAAGAUCAAGUCAAUCUCAGUGGCCAAUCAGCAUUGGAGUGUAUUAAACCUCUUCUUGCACGUUAUCCAAAUGCCAAAUUAAGCCGACUGGUAGGCGAUUCCUUUCAGGGUGUUCGCCCGUUAUCUUGCAUCGCAGCGACCGAGGUGCGAAGGCUAAGACUCCCAUGCGAUGGUUUACCUGUGACGCUUCAGUCAGUCGUCAACACGUUCAUUUCCAACGCCACGGUAUUUGAAGACUGCUUCCAAUUUAUCUAGCAGCUAGCCGGGAUUCGUUACAUUUUUCCAUCAAAUUGGCAGUACUGACUACAGAGGGUCUGACCAACCCAAAACACAGAAGAACAUGGGUUCUAAAAAGAAAGCUGAGGAAUAUACCAUCACACCAGAUUGCGAGGAACAUUGUAAUCCCCCUAAGAAAAGAAAGACGGUGUCU